CAAAGCCUGUUACAACUGUUGAUUCGUGUCGUUGGAAGGAUAAUAAGGUUUUACGCCCUAGCAACAAACAGCCGUCGGCGAUUUGGCUGCGUAAUUUCGACCGCGUUCUGGGAAGACACUAUUAGACUGCAUAUAUUGCACUCUUAUUUCUGCGAGUGCUUGUGUGACGGACAAAUUGAAAACAGGAGUGUGUCCAUAAGCGCGUUCGAUGACCCGGUUUUGUGAACAAAAUACGCGGAAACUGGGUUUUCACUGAGAAGGCAACAAUGGUACGGAAGUCAUUCGGGCGACUCGCUGUCGCUGUCGCGGCGCACAUUCUUCUGGGACUCGUGGGCCUCGAGAAAACGAGAGCCCUGGCGGAUGAAACCAAAGUUCCGUGCACGCCAGAGGCGUGCCACAAGUCCUGUCAAGAUUCAGAGCCGAAGAAGAAAGUGCUAAACACAACAUGCCCCGAGUCCAACGUAUGUCACUGCAUAUACGAAGUCGACUGCACAGAAGAUAAUUGCCGUGACUACUGUAAGGAAAAUGUCACAAGCAAUGACCUGAAAGGUUCUAUGUGCAUACAAAACUUCUGCUACUGCAAUAAAACGACAGGCGACAUGAGGAGGUCAGAAACGGAUGACAUUUCACACAGUGGAUUUCACUUCUCAGACGCACGGAAUUCGUUCAUUACGUAGCCUGUGGUAAUCAAGUCACUUUGUGUAGUUUCACGGUUAUAGCCAUGAAAUAAAGCUUUUUCUGAGACCUCA